AUACGAACACACUCAAUUAUUCUAUUCUUUUAAAUUAAAUUAAAUAAAAUAAAAAAGGUUUCCCUUUCUUUCUAUAAUCCUAAUUCCUAGUUCCGAAUUCCGAAUUCCGAAUUCCGAAUCCCAAAUCCCAAAUCCCAAAUCCCAUCCAACACACACACACACACACACACACACACUCUUCACUCUUGUGAUUCUUGGCUGUGCCCUACCCUAAGGUUGCAUCUUUCCCUUCUAAUCAUUCUUUUUCUUCGCUUCACCGUAACCGUUUCAGAUUUUUCUGCCUCAGUUUGUCCAAGGUUCAUUGUAGCCUAUCUGUUCUUUGUUUUUGUGUGUUCGAGGGAUGGUGCAUGUGGAUGAGAAGGAGACUAGUUGGAGGUGAAAACUUGAUGCAUUUGCUUAGAUGAAGACAGCAAAAGUUUGGCGUCUAGGCAUGGGAGAUAUGCAGAUACUGUCUGGGCCACGCCACCGUCCUCACAUGAAGAAGCCUAUGUGGAUUAUUAUCUUGGUGUUGUUUGUAUGCGUCUUUCUGAUCUGUGCGUAUAUCUACCCACCGCAGAGCAGGUCAGCCUGCUAUGUCUUCUCUUCUAGAGGAUGCAAGGGUUUUGUUAAUUGGCUACCACCUAUACCUGCAAGAGAAUAUACUGAUGAGGAGAUUGCGUCACGUGUUGUGAUUAAGGAUAUUUUGAACUCACCACCAAUUGUUUCCAAAAGUUCAAAAAUUGCCUUCAUGUUUUUGUCACCUGGUUCUUUGCCGUUUGAAAAACUGUGGGACAAGUUUUUCCAAGGUCAUGAAGGGAAGUUCUCUGUUUAUGUGCAUGCAUCCAAGACUAAACCAGUUCAUGUGAGCCGUUAUUUUGUUAAUCAGGAUAUACGCAGUGAUCAGGUUGUGUGGGGGAAAAUUUCUAUGGUUGAUGCAGAGAGACGGCUAUUGGCAAAUGCCCUUCAAGAUCCUGACAACCAGCAAUUUGUUUUAUUGUCUGAUAGCUGUGUGCCUCUGUAUCAUUUUGACUAUAUUUAUAACUAUCUGAUGAAUACGAAUAUCAGCUUUGUAGACUGCUUUAAGGAUCCUGGUCCUCAUGGCAAUGGGAGGUAUUCAGAUCGCAUGUUACCAGAAGUUGAGGUGAAGGACUUUAGAAAGGGUGCACAGUGGUUUUCUUUGAAACGGCAGCAUGCAAUUAUAGUCAUGGCUGAUAGUCUGUACUACUCAAAAUUUCGGGCUUACUGCCAGCCUGGUUUGGAGGGCAGGAAUUGCAUUGCCGAUGAGCAUUACUUGCCGACCUUCUUCCAGAUGGUUGAUCCUGGUGGAAUUGCAAACUGGUCAGUCACUCAUGUUGACUGGUCUGAGAGAAAAUGGCAUCCAAAAUCAUAUAGGGCUCAGGAUGUCACUUAUGAGCUUUUAAAGAAUAUAACGUCCAUUGAUGUUAGUGUACAUGUCACCAGUGAUGAGAAGAAAGAAGUGCAACGUUGGCCUUGCUUAUGGAAUGGGGUUCAGAAGCCAUGUUACCUAUUUGCUAGGAAAUUCACUCCUGAAACACUGAAUAAUUUGUUGCAUGUACUUUCUAAUUAUUCAAAACCUUAAGCCAGCUGUUUUGAUCGAUUCUUUGGUCGGAUAAGUUGUUGCUUUCGGCCCCCAUAUUGGUUUCUCAUAUGGCAUGAGAUGAGAUUUGUAAAUUGCAGCGUUAUUAUUGAGGCUUGAUCGCCUGCCAGCCGCAGAUAUUGAUUGUAAGGUGACCUGGCAGAGUUCAGGUGGCCUAACGUGGACAGGAGAGGAGGCUAACGAUUUAGAGUUCCUUCCUUGGAGAUGGAUGGAUGACUUAUUUUUUUCCUUCCAUUUCGGGUUAUCUAAGUUUUGUAUUUUACAUGAUAGAUGAUAGAUUCUGGGAGAACUAUAUUAGCUCAUCUUAUGGUUGUUGAUCUUUGUACAACUUGCAAAUUGUUUAGUUGAAAAUACAACUUGUUACUGUAUCCAUUCAGAAAUUCAUUGGCCAAUUCUUAUGUGUAUCUCUUUGAUGCUAUGUUGCUGGCAUCUUGUCCGUAUUCUUUUCCUGGCUGUAAGUCUCUUCAGUAUCGAUUCAUUUAUGAAUUAAGAAUUUGAAUUU